AUGUGCCUUGGGAUUACGGCGCAACAGGAUGACUUGACAGUGACCAUCGAGGUGCACUUUGAGUUCAACCGCUUUGAGCAGAUGAAAGUCAAGUACCCCUUGGAGGCCUUGAUGGCCGCAGAUGUCUGGCCCAAUGCGGUGUGCAUCUUCUUCCGUGGCGAUCGGAUGAACCCCAUCCUGUGGGCCGAGUUCGAUGGUCAGGUGGAGGCCCGGUCCAGCAACUUCCGGAUCGGCUCCUCCGACCCCAUGCGCAGGCGUCAAGCGCAGGGCGAGAUGUACAGCCCUUGCUUGUUGCUGCGCGUCAGCAAGAUUCGGCAGCCAGGUUCCUGGACCAAGAUCUUCAAGGAGGUCUGGCAGCACAAGCUCAUGGUGAAGGAGCUCGGGCCUCAGGGCCCCCAGCGCUUCACCGGGCUUCCGGACGGCCAGACCUUCCUGCGCGCAGGUUACAACCUGGAUGACCCCGACUUUUGGGGCAAUGUGGACCAGUAUGUGGCAUCCACCAUGAAGCAGUCGGGCUACACCUCGGCGCCAAAGAAGCUCAGCGUCGCCUGA